AUGAAAAAUAUGUUAAAGAACUGCUUUUGCUGCACUUCUCAUGAAGAUCACGAACCAACGAUCAGUGCCCAUAAGAAAACGGAUUACCCAUGGAAUAUGUACACCCUCAAAGAACUUGUGCACGCAACCAACAAUUUCCAUAACGAUAACAAGAUAGGGGAAGGAGGGUUUGGGAGUGUUUACUGGGGUCGAACAAGUAAAGGGACUGAGUUAGCAGUGAAACGGCUCAAGUCAAUUAACGCGAAAGCUGAAAUGGAAUUUGCAGUUGAGGUGGAGAUUCUUGGAAGAGUUCGACACAAGAAUUUGUUAGGACUAAAAGGAUUCUAUGCUGGGGGAGAUGAAAGGCUUAUUGUCUAUGAUUAUAUGCCAAACCACAGCUUGCUGACUCACCUCCAUGGCCAACUUGCUGUCGAUUGUCUCCUAGAUUGGCCUCGACGAAUGAGCAUUGCCAUUGGUUCAGCAGAAGGAUUAGCGUAUUUGCACCAUGAAGUAACUCCUCAUAUAAUCCAUCGUGACAUAAAAGCUAGUAACCCAUUAGAGAAGCUCCCUGGAGGUAUCAAGCGUGAUAUUAUACAAUGGGCAACUCCAUUUGUUCAAAAGGAUUCGUAUGAGCUCAUCGCCGACCCCAGAUUGAAGGGUAGAUUUGAUCAUGCGCAGCUAAAGGUUGUGGUGAAGAUAGCCCUGGCUUGUACUGAUAGUAAUCCAGAGAAUCGGCCCAGCAUGCUGGAGGUGGUAGAAUGGCUAAAGAGUGGUAUUGGUGGUAGGAGAAAGGAGAUACGUAUUGUUAAAGAUCGAGUGGAUGAAACCGAGGAUGAAGAUGAUUUCUGUGAUGAUGAUACUGAUUAUUAUGAAACUUUUGAUAUGAAGAAGCAUUCGGGUAGGGUUCCAAAAAUGCCAUCGAGAACAAGAUGA